UUUUGUGCUCUGUUGUAUAUGAGUGCGUUGUUGUUGUUCUUGUGUUUUCCCCUUGGUAGCCGCCGCUGCAAAGUGAGCAAAUUUGACAGCUGGAGGAGAGCUGCCGCCUUGCUGCAAUAAACCGGUGGCUGGGAUAAGAAUUAAUAGCACCUUGCCAUUUACUUUAAACGUCUGUGAUUUCUGUAGUUGGGCUGUUUAUUUAAACAAUGACCCAAGAACUGCCACCCAUAGUAUUAAAAGAUAAAGAACUAAUCAAAUAUCGCCGAUUAAAGCGUAAAUAUCCGGUGUCCCGUGAGUUUCUUCAUCUGAAUUGGAAUAAAGUCAAACGCUUCAUAUUAUACGCACUGACACCACGCUGUGUAAUACGGAAUUAUGCCUGGCGAAAGCCUCGGCAGAAUCGUGUCCUCAUCGUGAGACGCGUCCGAUUGCUGCUCUUUGAUCCGCGCUUGAAGCGUAUGAUCGUGAGACGAAAACAGAACACCAAGCAGUGGUCCAAGAGCAUUGUUUACUAUUAUAAGCAAAUGGGGCGCAUCGAGGAAUACGAGGAGACUGAGCUUUACGACGUGGCUGAGCCGCUGGGAGCAGAGGAAUUAUCCAAGAAGAUGAAACAACAAUUGGAAUUACUAAAAAGUGGCAAGAGAAGCUUGUCACUAAUAGAAGAUGCCAAUAAAAACGUGGAAAUCUUAUCAGAGAGCACACAGGAGAGAGAUGAGCAGACCGAACAAGGGGAGUUAAACAAACUCCCUGAGGUGGAGGAGCAACUUAAUCAAGAGAAACAAAUGGAUAGUCAAGAGGUGGAGCCAAGUCAGGCUGAGGAACAAGACAAGGUAGAGCAGGCUGAAAAGCAAGCGCCUGAGGAGCAGGAUACACAGGCGGAGGAAGAGGAACCCCAUCAAACGUCAAAAAUAAAUGAUGAAAUUACUCCCACAAAGGCUACCCUAUGUGAAGUUCCUGCCACUCCCAGCAAAGAACAACAAACCGCCAGUACCUGCUCCAGCACCGAAAAAUCCGAUGCCGCUGGUGGUGGUGGCUCUAAAUUCUUGGACAUGCUUAUGAGUAAAGUGCGUGUCAAGAAUUUUGCCCAUGAAUCGAAUAUACCCACAGAAGAGUUCUCUCCAGUACGUGAAACACCUAUAGAGGAUGAUACUAUGAGUGAAGAUUUUGUUGGAUUCGAUGAAAGUGUCCAUCAGCCUGGAAUGUUACUUACUCCACUCGUACCGCAAAGUUACAAAACAUUGGAGAAAAAUUCGGCCUUCGUGUCCGAUUCUUUAGACGCUUAUAUGCUUAAACAUCACGUCAACGAUGACAUGGACAAGGAGAAACUGCUCGAGCCCAUGUGGCAAGAUGGUCAAGUGACGCCACAUAGUGUGGCUCCACUUAUGGAUAUGCCUGUCGUCCCGGAAGCCUUGCAACGCCUACGUACAGUUGGUGAACGACGUUACUAUUUGCAACGUUGCAAGAACCAAACGAUGGUCAUCAUCAACAAUGAGGCCAAUAUUUACAGGGAACUGCAGCGUAAACAGCGUCAGAAGAAGGUGAAAAUUGGAGCCAUGCAACUGCUUCAGCAGCACACUACACAGAUGCCCUUCACUCGACAGGGUUGGCAGGCAGCUAGCUAUGUGGCCACCGAAGAGUUUAACUAUUAUUAUCAGGUGAUACAGAUUGAUGGGGAAAUUAUCAGAUUACCCGGUGCUCAAGGCAAUAAUAUGGUACGAGAGAAGCAGCCAUACAGCAGUAAGUUAACUGCCGAAGAGACUGCCACCCUGCGUUGUAACAUUUCGUGCAUUGAUGCCACACUAUGCCAUGAACUCAAAGUUGUGUCCACCAAAAUGGAAAAAUCGUCAAAGCAAAAGAGACUCAAUCAAUUCCCACUACCCGCCAUCUUUCGACCGUGUCCAUUGAGUAAAAAGCCUUUCCAAAAGCCUCUCGAUGAUGAUACAGCCGCUUUGCUUCUGGCCGGUGGUAGUAUGGCUGUCGUAAGCAUGCCCACUGUCCAGCUCGAAGUUAUGCCCCAAUUGGGACGGCCGCUAAAUGAGAUUGCCAAGCGUUAUCUGCAGCAUAUACUACCGCAUCAUGACAUCACAAGGGAGUGGGCCGAAUUCAGUGUUUCUACAUUGCAGGAGCCACCGAAUUGUAUGCGGGAGGCCGAGGAGCAAGCAUCACAAACUCCAGCUGGACGGCGUAAAAGUUUUACAUUUGUCAUUCCAUAUUUAAAUGAUCGUAAUCAUAUACUGGUGCGACGAGUCGUUGAUCGUUCCGAGCAAAUGGAUGCAAGUUUCCAACAGGCUCCCGACGAGCUGCAGCAAUUUGAGUUUCAUAAGCUAUUGCCAGCUGAGCCCGCGGAUGAUUUGCUAGACUGUGCGAAUAUGAUCAAUGACAUGAUCAAUACGGUGGCCAUCAGUUGUAGUGAGAAUAGCUUUAUUAGUGAGGAUCCGGAUGCUUUAAAUGGUGAAACUAUUAUGACAACACCACAGUUAAGUCCCACCAAAGAGGAAGCUCUUAAGGAGCAUGGAACUGGAGUUGAACGAUCUGGUGGCAAACAGAAAGGUCGUCCGGAUAAGAAAAAACGUUUGGCCAAUGAAUUGCGUCGUCUUAAUGCCACCAUUAUUGAUGCAGAUGCCAAGGAUGCAGAUGCCAACAAGCCGUGUGGCAAGCCCUAUUGCCAGUUGGGUUGUGUCUGUGCCAGUCUGGCAGGAACAGAUUUACCUGUGCGGGAUCAUUGUGCUCAAGCUGAAUGUGUAUUGAAUUGCCGUUGUCUGGGUGGCGAGCAAAGUCGUGUAAUGCGCGUGGAAACAGCUGAUGGUCGUGGUAUAUCCAAUGAGGAUGCCUUCAAUUUGCGUCGCAAGGCCACGGCACGUUUGGCAAAAAUGGAAAAGGACUUUACCUCCACUCUGGUGCUCACUGAGAAUGAAACAUUGCUGAUAAAUGAAUCUCAGGGGGAUAAGAAACGACGCUGUACCAAGGCACCCAAACGCUAUGAAGACUUUGAUGACGAGAGCAAAGUGGAUGACACCAAAUCCCAUAAUCAGCGUCCAGUAAAACCCGGGGUAAAGCGAAUUGUGGGCAGACAUAGUGGACUAUCCGCCUCCGUGGAUCAUCCAGUGGCCAACAGUGUGCUAAAUGGUGAAACAUGCACCGUAAAAGAUAUCGAUAUGUCUCAGCUUAAACAUUGCUUUGUGGGUCUGCGGCGUUUACCUGAUGUGGAUAAUCUGGCCACUUUCUGUAUGACCCAUCAAUUGUAUAAAUGUUUCUGCGGUGGCGAGUCCGCCGAAGGCAAGCCAGUGAUCAUUGAGAAAGAAACGGAUGCUCUGCCCACGCACUUUAAUCCAGGUCUGGCUGUUCGAGCCCAUUACAGUUUUGAGCGUCCGCCGGAAGAGCCAGCGUCAACGCAACAGAAAAAGAAGCAGCGUAAGGAAAAACAACAAAAACCCACGAAGCAGCAGCAGCAACAACAGCAACAGCCAAAACAGUUGACGCCUCAGCUGGAUAUGAGUGUGAAGGAGGACGAAAAACCCAAAGUCGAGGUCAAGAAAUCUCCAAAGCCAACACCAACAAAUAUAAAGGAGGAGAAAAAAGAAAUCAAAUAUAUGGUGCGAGAGCCACCACCACCGUCACCAGCGCCUUUGCAGCGUUCCAAUGAGCUGGAUAUUAUAUUUAGCUUCUUUCGAUCUCGUCCAUAUCUCAGUCGUCGUGUGGUCUCAGUUCCUCGGAAUUGCUAUCUAAGGAUUAAUCGUCGACGCGCUCAGAUUGUGCGUGAAAUGAUCGCCAAGGAAGAGACACAGGAGACCAAAGAAUUGCUUACGAAGCGCAUUCAUGGAGCAGUUAGUUUCUAUCGCAAGGCUUUGGAUCAGCAGCGACAAACUGAAUUGGAUCAGAAGCAACAAAGGACCAAUACGAUGACGGACCCCACUCCUCCUCCAGUGAUUGUGGUGCGUGAUGAUUCCGAUGAAGGUCAAACGAACAAUGUUAGCCUGCUUAAACGAAAGAGUCUGCCAGUGGAAUCCACAGAGACCACAAGUGCAAAGCGUUUGAAAACUGUCAUCAAACGAGAGGAAAACGUCUCGGAUAUUCAAAUGCCAAAAAUUGCUGCCUGUUAUUCGCUUAAUAGUGCUUCUGCGGAUAUUCUCAAUUCGGGCAUGAGUUCGAAAGCGGCUGCUGCUGCCGCUGCUGCAGCUGCAGCCGCCGCCGCCUCAUCUGAUGGAGGAGAUGGUGGCAUGGACAUGGAUGGGAGUAGCAGCAUUGAUGAUGAUGUCAGUGAAUCUUCAAAUUUCCGCGCCUUCUACAAUGAGGUGGUCAAGAAUAUGAACACCUUGGUGAGCAAAAAAAUGCAGGACAUCGAUCUGGCCCUGCAGCGUGAGAGUAAAGUCAUUCCAGUGCCCAAUGAGGAGAUCCUUUGCAUAAUCAAAUGGACGAAUUUCAUGGCUGCCUUUGAGUCGAGUUUCGUCUUCAUUUGGGAUGUACAAAUGAAGAAUUAUAAUUUCCUGGCUGCCACAGCGACCAACAUGAUGCCAUCGGUGUGCGGAGCCAUUGGUGUGGUCAAUACGCGUUUUGCUCCCGAUCCCCAGGCCUUGCCCGUUAUGGCCCGAAUGCUGCUGGAGGGUAAAGUGAAUGAAAAUACCCGACGAUUGGCUGUGGUGAUGCAGGGACGUAAGAACUAUUGGUUGGUCAAGGGUUUCCUGCGUCACAUGGAGGGCAAUGCCUGUACCAAACCCACACCACAGACUCAUCCAUUGUUGACGAAAAAGAUUAAUGUGCUGUGCUCGUUGUUGGUGAAGCAGCGUAUACGGGAACAUCAACGAAAAAUGCAAUCCCAGAAAUCGGAUGGAGCGUCAUCGGUGGCUGCCGGCAGUGAGUUACCAGUUCCUAAACCACUUCCCGCAGUGGAGGCGGCGCCUCCUGCAACCAUUCGACCAGCAGUUAGUUUACCAACUCCGGCCCCCUCCACCUUGAGUGGUGCUGCCAAAAAACCGAGUGUUGCGCCCGAAACAAUUUCGGAUUCGUCUCAACUGAAGGAUGCCUCUCACAAGAUUCGCAGCAAUAUCGAGUUCCGUAAGGUCCAGCACAGCGAUGUUGAUGAAUUGCAGAUUCCAGAACUUCAUACCACCGACCAUCGUUGGGUCGUACUUGAUCUCUAUGAUGAUUUCUCGCAUAUCUAUGUGCCAGCCUUUCGGGACAUGAUCUCGUUGGAUCGCAUACACAAUGUAAUGCGCGUGUCCAGUGAGAAGCAGAAAGUAGUGAAGCUACAAUUCUUUCAAAAUGCCCCCUAUGAUGCAUUUGUGACGCCCUCGUCGCGACGAAAGAUUUACUUUGGUCCACUCAAACUGGACAUGAAGCCGCCAGUGCUAGUUCUGCUGCAAAGUGUCGAUGGCAAAAUGAUGCUGCGGGAGGUCUAUCAAAAGGAACAUUCCAUUCCCGUUCAGCGUAAUCGCCGGAGCAUGGCAUUCUGGGUGCUUCAUGUGAAUGGACAAGUGCAUUUCGAAAUUGAUCUGGCAACAUCGGUCAAAGUAGAGAAUCAGCCAAAUCUAAAGCCUGGAACUUCGCAGGAGAUGGUGAAUCAUAAUUUAAGCGAAGCUGUGGUCGUCAUUGACAGCGAUGAGGAAGACGAAGUUCAAGUGAAACGUCCAAUCAAAAAGGAGGCUAUGCCCCUCAAUCCAGAUCUGGCGGAACAGUCUCGAAUCAAUUUCACAAUUAGUGCGAUGCCCAACAAUGGUGGUCUUAAGAUUACACCUGGCGGUGUUUCGGAUCCGUCGGCAAAUGUUUCUACAGUUUCUACCAUGGAUCAGGUCACUUCCAAUUUAUCUGCGGGCUUUGUACCCUUCAUAGCAAAAGUUCCAGCCUUGCCUGGCCAGUUGCCCACUUCGCCGCAAUUCCUUAAUCCGCAAGUGCAGCUCACCAAGACAUCACUUUCGAUGGCAGAUUCGCAAACAUCGAUUGAGCCACCACCUGCCAAAAUCAGUCGACUCAGUUCGGAGGGCCAAAAUAACAAGAUGAAUGAGUCCUUGCAGGAUCUGAUUAGUAAUACAGCUUUACCAGGAGGCAUCACAAUCACCAAGGUGGGCAAAAAGACAGCAGCAGCAGCAGACCCAACCACACAGGACUCUGUUAAAAUUGGCUACAAGCGUACUGCCAGUGGAGUGACCAAACCGAUACCUACAUCGGUAGCAGCAGGAGCAGCAGUACCCGCAGGAUCACAGCCCACUAUAGUUAAACAAACGGCCACGUCUAUUACAGUUGCAAAACUUCCAGUGCGUCCAAAUCCUUCUCCUGCUUCACUACAGUCUGCCAAAGGCUUGAUGCCUAAAACUGAGAAAGGGAUCAAGCUGUUGCCUAUAGCGCGUCCUUCCAAUGCAGUACGACAAUCUCUGCCAAAUGAUGAUGCUGAUCUGGAGCAACUGGGGACAGAGGGGGGUCGAAAAUCGCUGCCUAGCAAAAUGUCUCUAGGUCAAUAUUUGCCGAAAAAGAAAUGCCCACCAAAUCCAACUCCACUUAAUCCAAAGCUAACAAUUUCGGAGGCGACGUCCCUGGCGACUGCAGUUCCAUCAUUAACACCAGCACCUCCAACUGGGCGACAAUCAUUGCCUAUGAAGCUGCCUGUUUUACCCACUUCCAGUCGAACUGAGAAGCCAACGGCAGCAGCAGCAGUCUCUCGCAAAUCCUUACCCACCAUUGUGGGAGCAGCUAACAGCCAGCAGCAGCUAUCUCCACCAUCAUCAAGUGAAGUUUCCAACUCAUCUUUGUCUCCAUCGAAACCUUCCUAUGGUUUCUUGGUGGCCAAAGGCUUACCCCGUUUUCGGGUGAAACAUUUAAAUUCCGAAUAUAUGGUCAAGAUGCCCAAUCUGGGUGUGUUAAUCUUUAAGAAUCUCACAUUGGCCAGUAACUUUAUCAAUCGGCAACUUUCACGAAGUGCAGAGCAUAAAGCAUUAUUACCAGCCGAUUGGAAAUUUUUGCCAUUGGAGUCUCAUCGACAGCUGCAGCAGUCGCCGCCAGGAGUAGCUGAAAGUCCCAGCCAGAAUAGCUCUCCUGCAGCGUCGACGACCAAAGCUAUCCUAAUUGAAGAUUAGAAACGGGAAAGAGGGGGGAAUCUUUAUUAAUUUUCCAAUUAUUUUUUUUAUUGUUGAUUUUGGCAACAGACACACACACGCAUAUAAAAUAUGUAAAAACAUUCACAUUUUGGCAAUUAGUUUUAAGAUAUAUACAUGAAUUUACCUUCA